AAAGGUAUAGUAAAGGUCAAGUCUCAUAGGACUCAGUUGCCACUUUUAUCAGUGUAGUUCAAGCAAGUUCCGCUAGGACCAUGUUUAUAAAAAACGAGUUCAGCCUAAAAAAAUGGUGCCAGAUAGAACUAUACUAUACAAUGCACAAUAGUGUGCGAUAUCAUCCUUCUACGGGCACAUCAGAGUGACCCUAUUUGUCCUAUAUCCUUUUUAAGACGAUUUUUAACAGUUCGCAAAUUCUCUCUCUCUAAUUCUACUGAACCAUUUUUUCUUACACCUCAGGCAAUUCCACUAACCGGCUCAGUGUUUAUCGAGAAAACACGUCAACUUCUAGUUAGGUUAGGUUUCAGUCCGCCUUUGUAAGGUGCCGGUAAUUCAAAAUUUCAGCACUCUUCAUUUUCCCCUUAAAAGUACACCAUUCGACGCAGAAUUUUGUGCUGAUCACGAAUAUCUCCUUUUUCGGACUUCAUACAUUUAUUGUUUAUGAGAUAACUGAGAUUGACCUUCCCUCUUAGCAGAGACUCCUAACUUUUCUACAAAAUGAAAAAGUAUACUGCUGAACUUCCUCUACAAGCCCUAUGACUCAAAUUUGUUUAAUCGGGCGGUGUUCGUAGUGCAAUUUUCAAAAAGCUGCACCUUAGCAAUGGAAUUUACAGCUGUUGGACUCAUUGCCUUUAAUUUUACAACUAUGAGCUGAUAUUUAUUUUUGCUUCAUACACCGUUUGAUAGCUAAUCAUACACUACUAUUUCUAUCAUUGAAGAGCUGAGAACUUUGAAGUAAUACUUUAUAUAUCCGUUUUCAUUGAGGAAAAACUCUUGACUAGGAGCUCUUACAUACUCCAAAGCUCUGUUUCAUCUCAAUAUUCUCACUAUCAGCUGACAUUCAUCCAAAUGCUCGAUGGCAACAGAAUGGUCUCACUGUGGCUGGAGGAAAUGGAUAUGGCAAUGGAAUCAAUCAACUCUCAAACCCAUGUGGUUUGUAUGUUGAUGAUGAUGAUCAAACAAUCUAUAUCGCUGAUCGAGCGAAUCAUCGUAUUGUGGAAUGGAAAUGGGGUGCGACGAGUGGCCAAGUGGUUGCCGGUGGAAAUGGAGAAGGAAAUGGGACUCAUCAGUUGUCUUACCCAUUUGAUGUGAUUGUCGACAAAGAGAGAGAUAGUCUCAUCAUUUGCGAUUAUUUGAAUAAAAGAGUGGUUCGAUGGCCUCGUCGAAAUGGGACAAGUGGAGAAACAAUCAUCUCCACCAUCAGUUGUGGGGGUUUGACAAUGGACGAGAAUGGAUCUCUCUAUGUCGUCGACAAUGGAAAACGUGAAGUGAGACGAUAUCGAAGAGGAGAAUCUCAGGGAAUAGUGGUUGCAGGUGGCAAUGGAAGUGGAAAUCGUCUCGAUCAACUCUCUUGCCCACACUACGUAUUCGUCGAUCGAGAUCAUUCAGUAUAUGUGUCUGAUUGGGAAAAUGAUCGUGUGAUGAAAUGGGUGGAAGGUGCAAAACAAGACAUUGUCGUGGCUGGUGGUCAAAGAGAAGGAAACGGUCUUACACAGUUGUCACAUCCUGAAGGAGUCGUUGUCGAUCAAUUGGGCACUGUCUAUGUGGCUGAUCAAUGGAAUCAUCGAAUAAUGCGUUGGCCCAAAGGAGCCACAAAGGGAAGUGUCAUUGUUGGUGGAGGAGGACAAUCGAAUCAGCUCAAUGAGCCCAUCGGUUUGUCAUUCGAUCGACACAGCAAUCUCUAUGUCGUCGAAUACAGAAAUCAUCGAGUACAAAAUAUCAAUUUAAAUUCAUAA